AGCGCUAAGCAGAAUUAAGAUUUAAUAAUGAAUUUUUCACUCUCCGUAUUGUUUGUUACUUUGCAGUCUGUAGUUACACAGAUUUAUUUCGGGAAUAAUAUGAAUUAGUAUUUUGUUAUUGAGUUAUGACUGAUAAAUUUAAUUACUUUAUACAGUCAUUUCUAAUUUCGUAUUAUUGGAUUUCCUCCUGUGAUAAAUUAAUAUAAAACUCCUUCUUACUGAAUAAAAACCAUGGAUUUUACCCCAGUCAAUAUUCGUGACAUUAAGCCGGGAAUGAAAAGCUUAAAUGUUGUAUUUAUUGUGUUAGAAAUCGGAAGGCCAAACACAACAAAGGAAAAUCAUGAAGUUCGAACUUGUAAAGUUGCAGACCGUACUGCAUCCAUCAAUCUUUCAGUGUGGGACGAACCAGGAUUGUAUCUUCAACAGGGUGAUAUCUGUCGACUCACUAAAGGAUAUGCUUCAGUAUGGAAAGGUUGUCUUACCUUGUAUACAGGCAAAGGUGGUGAAAUUCAAAAAAUUGGAGAGUUUUGUUUUACAUUUUCUGAAACUCCAAAUAUGAGUGAAAAUACAGAGCAAACUAAUCCUCAAAAACUUAGAUUAUUGCAAGUUUAA